UAGAAUUGAGAAGUCGAUGAUGGGAUCGACGGUCUGCAGACGGCAAGUUUGCAUGGCUAUUACACAUCGUGAAGCACCCAAAACAAAUGGGCACUCUGUCAGUCAGCCUCCUUCCUCCAGCAGCACCUCUAAGCCAUGUCCCUCUCCCCACCUGGGAAGGACCCACUUCAGAACACCUACAUCAAAUAGGCGGUUUACCUCAGCAGGGUUAGGUACAGGAAGUAGCUCGAUCACCAGCAUGAAUGAGAAGACCUUCCCUAUCCGCGUGGUGCAGAGUCCUUCACACGGCAGCUCCUCUUACCGCCUCCUCAGAGCAAGGGCUCGCUGCACUGCACAAGAGUCUGUCCGUGAGGAGGAGAAGGAGGUGUACAGACAGCUACUGGCCAUGGUCUCAGGUGGACAGUCCUCCUCGUGUCACAACGGCAGCUCCCAUGGCUUUCCGCGCUCACACAGAGACUUCACCAGCUUCCUGAAUACCAACAGACGUCUGCUCCAGUGUUCGUCCCCUGCCGGGUCAGGAGAUGCCUCACGAGGCCCCAGUGGACCCCCAAGCCCCCGUCCAGAGUCCAGCCAGGGGUACAGCAACGUCCUCAGCCCAGGGGAGGGCUCUUCCAGUGGGGCAGGGAACCAGCCAUGGGCCUCUGACUCAGACCUCAGCCCCAGGGGACCAGAGCCAGUACAAUCUGCCCCUUCCCCAGUUACCAUACUGGACACCUCUUCUCAGGACUCACAAUCAUCAGCUCAUGAUGGGGACUCCGUAAUCAUUGUGAAAGAGCAGAAGGGCAAAAAGCCGAACAGUUCAAGCUUCCAAGCUGAGCUCUGGAUCAAAGAAUUGACUAGCAUGUACGACUUCCGUGCCCGGGAGAGACGGAGGCAGAUAGAGGGGCAGGAGGCCCUAGCUGCUCAGCUGCUGCGACAGCGUAUAACAGAUGACAGCCAGCUGGGCCACAGGGCUGUGGAGCUGCAUGUUAGAGUCCCUCUGGAGAAGGAGGUUCCUCUGGCUCCCUUCAUAGAGGAACCCAAACCCACAGAGGAGAAACCAGAGUUCCCCGAGCUCACUGAGGAUAUGGAGGGGGAGGUGGGCCGGGCGCUGACGGUAGGCAGCCAGGACGAGGUGCUGAGUGAAGGCUUCAGACUCACCAUCACACGCAAAGACCUCCAGACCCUCAGCCACCUCAACUGGCUCAACGAUGAGGUGAUCAACUUCUACAUGAACCUGCUGGUGGAGCGCAGUAAGGAUCCCAGCCUGCCGACGGUCCACACCUUCAACACCUUCUUCUUCCCCAAGCUACGCAGUGCAGGCUACUCUACCGUACGCCGUUGGACCAAAAAGAUGGACAUCUUCUCAAUGGACGUCAUACUGGUGCCUGUCCACCUGGGGGUGCAUUGGUGCCUCUCUGUAGUGGAUCUCCGUAAGAAGAGUAUCACAUACUUUGAUUCAAUGGGAGGGAACAAUGACGAAGCCUGCAGGAUACUGCUGCAAUACCUGCAGCAGGAAAGCAAGGACAAGAAGGGCAAAGACCUGGAUACCGCAGAAUGGACUGUGCAGAGCAAGAAACGCCAUGAGAUUCCUCAGCAGAUGAACGGAAAUGACUGUGGAAUGUUCACAUGUAAAUAUGCAGAGUACGUCACCAAAGACAAGCCAAUCACAUUCACACAAAAACACAUGCCCUACUUCAGGAGACGCAUGAUCUGGGAGGUAUUGAAUCGGAAACUGUUGUGAUGAAAUCGUGGAGAGAUUUGAACUGAUAGCUACAGUUCGCUCAAGGGGAGGUGCCUGCAAUGAUGAUGGUGCCUAAGACGCUGUGGCUGUUAAACUGGAGGAGGAUUCAGCUGGUCGACUCCUGGAUGGGAAAGAGACUCAGAACAGGGACCUAUGACCUUAGUCAGGUGGAGCUCUGAGGUCCCCCCCCACACAAGUCCAAUCCAGUGGAGGAUCUGACUCUGCCAUCUCUAAGGGUUUGCUUAUUUGGUCUUGAGCUUGAAAGGAGGAAUGGAAUAGAAAAGCAAAGCACUACCUCAUCUCAGUGUUUUAUGUUGUGGUCCACUGUCACAAGUUGGCAAGUCUGGGGUCAUUUUCUAUCAUCCAGCAAAGUUUUUGGUGUUUUCAAUAACAAAUCAUACUCAUCAGAACUUCUGUCUAGUGAAGUUGGACCAACCAGUAUUUUGUAAACUAUUUAAGUACAGCUUAAAGAAAGUUUGGUGUUCUGAUCUGACGCAGUGACAAUUUUUUAUUUAUAUCUGGACACACACAUUUGAUUGUUUUGAGCUAAAUUGAAAAUAUGCAACUGAUUACGGUAUGUGUACCAUUACCUCAGAGUAUAAUUUAUAAAGUUGCUAUUGUAUUGUACUUUUUUAUUUUACCUUUAUUUAAGAAUAAAUUCGUAUUUACGAUGCUGGGCCAAAUUGUGCGCCGCCCUAUGGGACUCUCAAUCACGGCCGGAUGUGAUACAGCCUGGAUUCGAACCAGGGUGUCUAGUGACGACUCUAGCACUGAGAUGUAGUGCCUUGUGCCACUCGGGAGCCCCAUACUUGAGGUGACACUAAUAUCUUCAUUGGUAAUUGGACCCCAAAACAGAUAAGCUGCAGUGAUGCUUCCUUGAUCAAGAGUCCUAUAGUUCCAAGACUAAAUUGUAACUUGACGUUUAGUCUAUUUUGUUUAAAUAUGCAAAGCAAAAAAAACAGUUUAGGGCUUUUGUCAGGAUAUUUUCAACAUUGUACAUAGUUUCUUGGAUAAUGUAUUUAAUAUACGUUUUGUACCUUUUUGUUCCUCGAUCAAUCUUUUUUAGAAAUAAAUCAAGUAUUGUGUAUAUGCCUCUGUUUGGAAAGGUGUAUUGUACAUACACAAAGUAAUAAAAAGCACAUGGA